GGCGGGGUAGGUUGUUCCUGAGGUGGGAGGCGGCACCCGAGGCUGAGGAGGAGGAGGCCCGAGAGCGACAUGUCCCGGGUUACUGAGGCAGAACGGUCCGUGGCGCUGUUUUACUGAGUCGGGGGCGGCCUGGCGGCCGGCCGAGAAGCAGGGUCGGCAGGGGCUGCCCCCGCCGUGGUGGCCGCCAUGCUGAGGCCCCGGGCAGCUGAAGCGGCCGCCGUGGCGCUCCUCCGCCUGCUGCUGCUGCUCCUGCUGCCGGAGCUCCGGGAUCCGCGGCUCGGCGUGCUCGGCGUCGCCGGGGCCGGACUGCCCGAGAGCGUCAUCUGGGCAGUCAACGCGGGCGGCGAGGCGCAUGUGGACGUGCACGGGAUCCACUUCCGCAAGGACCCCCUGGAAGGCCGGGUGGGCCGAGCCUCAGACUAUGGCAUGAAACUGCCAAUCCUGCGCUCCAACCCUGAGGACCAGAUCCUGUAUCAAACAGAGCGGUACAAUGAGGAGACCUUCGGCUAUGAAGUGCCCAUCAAGGAGGAAGGGGACUAUGUGCUGGUGUUGAAAUUUGCUGAGGUCUACUUUGCACAGUCUCAGCAGAAGGUAUUUGAUGUCCGAUUAAAUGGCCAUGUUGUGGUGAAGGACUUGGACAUCUUUGACCGUGUUGGGCACAGCACAGCUCAUGAUGAAAUCAUCCCUAUGAGCAUCAGAAAGGGGAAGCUGAGUGUCCAAGGGGAGGUGUCUACUUUCACAGGAAAGCUCUACAUUGAGUUUGUCAAGGGGUACUAUGAUAAUCCCAAAGUCUGUGCACUCUAUAUUAUGGCUGGAACAGUAGAUGAUGUACCAAAGCUGCAGCCUCAUCCAGGAUUGGAAAAGAAGGAAGAAGAGGAGGAGGAGGAAGAAUAUGAUGAGGGGUCUAAUCUCAAAAGACAGACCAACAAGAACAGGGUGCAGUCAGGCCCCCGCACACCUAACCCCUAUGCCUCAGACAACAGCAGCCUCAUGUUUCCUAUCCUGGUGGCCUUCGGAGUGUUCAUUCCAACCCUCUUCUGCCUCUGCCGGUUGUGAGAACAAAUGGCCAUCCUCAGCAGGGUGGAGGGGAGUGGGACAGGAGCCAAUGUGUUGGUUUCUGUAUUCUUCGCAGUGUUUAGCAAAACAGAAAACAAAUCAAACAACAUACGCGCACGCGCACAUACACACACACAAAGAAGUAAGAAGCGGAAAGAGUGGGGCAGCCCCCACCUACCACUGGUCCCAGAGCUGCUAGGUCCUACUCUGCUCCUGUGGCUACCCCAGCUCUCUUUCUCUGGGGUACUUAUGUGAGUUGAUCCUUCCUCUGUAAGGACCCUCAUUCUAGCAGAGAGGACUCUGGACUCCGAGCAGUCACAGUUCCUGGUUUUUAGGUUAGACAUUAACAGACAGCAGGAAAAUGUCACACAACCUGGAAAAGACUGCACUGGGAGUUGGGUGUGCUCGGAGUUUAUGUCCAGAUGUGAUUUCAGAAGUCGUGAUGUUCAAAGUAUGUGUGUGGAGGCAAAUAAGUUGAAUGGUCCAUAUAAAGGAAAAAGGAAAGCCCGUGCUUCCUCACUUAGAAGCCUUUCUGGGUUAAUGUAUUGAUGGCUCCACCUCAAGUAUCUUCAUUGUCAUUUUUCAUCUGAUGUGCGCCAAAAAGAGGACUGUCUGGUAUCCAAGACGACUAGUGUAUGUCAGGUCCUCAAAUCGUCUACAACUUGUUACUACAACAAAUCAUUUUGAUUUCAGUGCCUGUUGAGGACUUGAUUUCUUUAUGAUUUUUCUCUUAAUCUGGUCCUUUUGAAAUUGCUUCUCACCUCUCAACCAUAGAGCUAAGUUAUUGUCACACAUGGCAGGAAGCAGGGAUUGGAGUUCUCUCUGCUUGAGUGUCUUACCCUCUACCACCUCAUCUUGCUGGUACCUCCCUCCUUGAGUCCCUGAGCCAGCAGCCAGGAGGACCUGACCCAGCAGCUCUUACUGGCCCCUCCAUAGGGUCUUGCUGCCAGGGGACAGGGAUGCUUUCCAGCCUGCAGCAACAGAACACUUGACCUUAAAAGUCUCUUCUAGUCUUUGGAUUAGAAAAGGCUUAUGUUAGCAACCUCAGAGACUUGAGCCCUGCUAAGUGACUGACCACUGUUUAGAAUGUCCAGAAUCUGAUGUUCAUUUAUCCCCAUGUCCUCUGUCCUCGUUCAGCUAGUUUGGGUUUAUGCCUAGAGUUGCCCUCAAAGAACUAAGACUGGCUGCAGCAGCCUAGCUGUUUUUUUCAUUGAUCAUAGUAGUAUGCUCUACCACCCUUUCAUCCCUUAUCCACACAGCCAUCAAGUUUCCUUACUGUGGGACUGACAGACUCCUAGUCAGCUGUAGUUCUGCAGCCUCUGGAUAUCUAACUUUAGCAUCAAAACGUCUGUCUCAAAUUCCCAGUAAACACCUUUGUAGGGGGUGAAGUUUCCAUGUCCCCAUCUUUAUCUGUCAGCUAAGACAUGGUGAGGGGCUGAGAUAAAGGGUUUUCUAGGUCAGGGGCAGCAGGGUAGAGGCUCAGGCCAGGCCCAUAUUUUUGAAUGUCUUUAAAUUUUGAGUUUGCCUUAUCAGAUAUUUGAGCUGUGUGACAAAGUAAGUAGCUCUUGGGCCGUUUCUUGACUUUGGCUCCUAAUGAUGACUCCAGGCCAGCACUUAGUCAUUUGAGAGUCCUCUAUUUUCUCUGUGACGCAGGCUAGCCCUAGGGUACUGAGUUGGCAGCUGGAUGGCUGUGGCCUGAGGUUGCUGUCAGGAGCACUUCCUGGAGUGCUUGCAAAGUUCCUGCUUAUACAGGAUGAGGUACUGCCAUGGUCUUGGGGACCAUCUGCCUAGGGCAACAGAUGUCCUGACUGAUUGGGCUUCUGACAGUGGUUUGGUUCCUGGUCCAUCAUUGUUUGCAAACCUGUGGGCCACUGUCAGCAGAUUAAACAAAAUGAAGGAGAACAGCUGCCUCCAUGUUGCCUUGUUUGCAUGGGUCUCUGAGGAAGGAGGGGUCCUGCCUCCUCACCCCAACCUAUCCCUUUGGUGACUCAGAGUCUCAGAAGGAAACCCUGACUCCUGGGGCCAUUUCCUAAUGGUACUGUAAGCCAAGCAGCUCAGCUCCUGCCUCUGUUUCCAAGCCCACCCCUUCCCGUAGGGAUAGGGAUGGGUGCUUUCCUCUCUAGUUGUGUCCAAACGGAAGGAACAUCUUUUUGUAGCUAACAAAAACUAAAAGGGAAGUGAGGAAACAGAAGGGAAGGAGAAUGGUGGGGGCUGGGGUAGAUUCCCCUAAGCCAAACCUACCCAGCUAAUAAGAGCUGCUUAGGGCUGGCGAUAGCCAGCUUAUAAUGUUGAACUUGAAAGCUUUUUUCCCUCCUCCCAGAUGAUGUAGGUACAUGAGGUUUAGGUUAAAGGAGCUGGGUGGGGCACGCUUUGUUUUUAUUUUUGUAUUGUGUGUGUCGAGAAUUACUACAUUGUUCAUCUUGCUUUUUGCACUGUUUGUUCCCCUGUAUUUUGAGCUAGUGUAAGGUGUUUGCCUGGGAUUGGAAGCUAUGAGUGGUGCCAGUUAGGGAAUUGAGCUGGAGAGGCCCAGGUGUUCUGUUUGAGUUAUACUCUGACCCAGGAUUUUAGAGCCCACUGAUCCAGCCAGUAGAGAGAAAGAUAAGAGUAGACAGCUCCUUUUUGCCAGAAAUGUGGUCCCCUUAAUGUUUCUGGGAGGAGCAAGCAAGAACAGCUGGGUUGAGUCUGCAGGUCUAGUGUGGUUUAGGUCAGGGACCAGCUGGCCUCUGACUGGGUUGCUUUGAGUCUUACUCAACCUAUCUUAAACAUUGUGCCAAGAAGGGGUUUGUGGGAUUCGUGUCUCUUAAACCAAAUUUAUCAUUCUGGAAAGACUUCGGUCCUGAGGAGGAGCUGCUCGGUGGACACCCACAGUUCUGAUGGUUUAAAAGGUAGUCUUCAAGUGCCAGUGGUGUCAGAGGUGCCACCUGUUGAUUAAAGAUGAGACCUUGUUUUCUUGCUCCUGCUGAGUAGGAGAUCCCAGGGUCAUGUGCGCCUGCCAGUGAGCCAGGGUAGACUUUGAUACCCACAUUCUGUGUCUGGGAGCAGUUUUAGAAAUGUAGUUUGACUUCUUUCAUUUUGUUGAGAAGCUUCUGUUUAAAGGAAUUUCUCCUUGUCCCGUUCCCAGUCUCUCCUGGGAGGCCUGGCCCUGGUAUAGUCUUAGCUAAGAAUCUGAGAAAAUGGCAGCAGUACUCUUCUUUAGUGCUCAGACCCCUCUCCUUGGAAAUUGGCUCACCUUGAGGAGUCCAGGGAGGAAUCAGUAGGUUCAGAGGAAUCUCUCCUUCCUGGGAACUGGGGAAGGACCCACCCCGGUCAGCACAGUGCCUUUUCCUCUCCUGCUCUGAGUCAGGUGGGUGUUCCCUCUAGAUUCAGGUCUGGGCAGGGGUCCUUAAGUCCCUGCUAUGGGGCUGUUUCCCUAUCUCCCUCUCCUUGCUGGCCUCCUCUGGCAUAAUUCAAGUUGUCUUCUUGCCUUGAGAAACCUUGAUGGAAUUGUGGCCACCAUGUGUGACACUUCUCUGUGACUCUAUAAGGACCUAGAAGAGCAGGAGCUUUCUCAAGUGAGAGACUGACAGAUGCUUCUGCUAUUAAAAGACAGAGCUAGGGAGGUUACUUUGGGCCUCUUGCUGUGGCCUCUGAAGAAAGCAACUCUCAGGUAAGACUGACUGAGAAUACACAAGCAAAACUGCAGACACCCAGGAUAUGCUCAGAGAUCGCAGAAGAACUCAGCUUCUCUUCUAGGGAAGAUGUAAUUAGGGAUCAAAGAGCACUAAGAAAACUGUAAAGAAGCCUUACUGCUCACACCAGAAAGCUCAGGGCAGCUAAAGGUGGAGCUAAAACUAUCUGUGUUGGAUUUCUCCAACAUAGGAGAAGGGCAAGGGCUGGAUUUCUUCAUGAUGGUAGAUGGUGUGGCUUUGGUUGUCAGCUUCCCAGGGAGGGCCAGUUUCUUUGUACGUGUGUAGCAUGCUGCCUCUCUGGUCUGUCGUUCCCCGUCUGCUUUUGCCUCAUUUGUUCUGGAUGGCUAGAUCAUCUUGAUUGAUAAGAGCAGAUUUGGGGACUGGCUGGAUUGUCAGGAAGAGAACAGAGUGGAUCUCUUGGGAUGGGUGGCUCUCAGGAGUGUAAAAACAAGGGGCUGGGAUUAUGUUGGCAACCAGGGAAACAGUGGUGCCUGUUGGAAUUAGCAGAGAGGGCCUUGGCAUGCUUGUAUCCAGGCAGUCUUGUGCGAUAGGAGCACACAGUGUCGGGAAAGCAGAGCUCCAUCCUCAAUGCUAUUGUGAGCUUAGUGCUUUAUUUCAGUAUGAGGAAAACAACAACAAACUCAAGUGUGCUUUCCGUUCUUUCAAAGGAUAACUGUCAGGAAAGAGUUGAGGUGCCAGGUAGGAGGGGGAGACUUGGCAAGGAGAGAUGUCGUGGCAAAACCAGGAAGAGAUACCUUCUUGACUCUUCUCUCUGGUGUGCCAUGAUCCAGGGAAUGAAAAGAAAUUUGACCCUGGAUUAGUUCCUUCUUUGGAGUUAAGGAACAUAUUACCUUUUACAAAGUUCCCCUGGGGUAGGAUGGCUGUCCAUUCUAAGCUCAAGGCAGCCUCUUCAGCUGCUUCUGGCCCAUCCUGGCUUAUGAAGAAACCAGCCCCACCCCUCAGUAUUGAACCUGGUUGCUUUGUGUGGAACCAAGUAUUGGAGAAAAGACACCAAGUCCUUAGCCCUGUAGCUUCUAUUCUUUCCCAUCUUUCCCUUUGAGGCUAGAUAGACUAUGGCUACACCACACAUUUACAGCAGCGUGGCAAAGUGUAUUCGUGGGGCUUUGAACCUGGCUGGCCAGGGAAGCAGCAGGGGUGAAUAGAGCUGUAGUUCCUUCUAGGCUGUCUCCACCGGUCUCUACCCCUUCCAUGCCCCACCCUACUCCCACCAAAAAGUAAAAAAUCAGGAUGUUUUUCACUGUCCAUUGCUUUGUGUUUUAAUAAACAAUUUGCAGUGAUA